AUGUCCCUCAUCACUCUCGACCGCCUCCCCUCAGAGGUCCGCAGCCUCAUCUUCGAAUGCCUCCAGAAGACCACCCACAAGCCGACACUCUCCUCGCUCAUGCGCGUCUCUCGAGCGAUGUACGCCAAGUCCAUGCCCCGUCUCUACGAGAGGGUCAGGCUCAAUGCUUCCAAUGCGGAGGCCUAUUUCGGGCGCCUCACAGCGGACGGCCUCGACGCUAUCGACGAGGAGAUCGCUCUCCAUAAGCCGCACCUCAUCGACUAUAUCUGGCAGCUCGAGAGAGAGAAUUUCGAACUUCCACCCUGGGCCUCCCAAUUCAUUCCCCCACCCAUCGCGCGAAAGAUUUGUCAGAUAUGGAGCACACAGCAUCUAUUCCUUGAAGACGCUCCUGCCGCAAUCUUUCUGCAACAAGCGGCGACCUCUCUGGAGUAUCUUUAUGGCCAACUCUACGAUAACACAGACGGCCUCGUCGAUGACAGAGAUGAGUGCAUGGAGUGGAUCAGUGCAUCGGUCUUGUCCGACGACGCCUCAGUAGCCUUGGGCGAACCUUUAGCCAAGAGCCUCAUCCUCUACCCCAAAGUGUGGGAGGGUGUUGCCAAGAUGCUGAAGGGAAACUAUUUCAUGGAUAGUCUUGACUCUAUCUGCCUUCGCAUACCUGCGAACUGUUCAGGUACCGCUGUAGCUCAAUACUGCAAAGAUAUGUCGUCGAGGUAUAUCGGAACUUUCUGCGUCCAUAACGUCAACCCUCUGGAGCAUAUGUCAUUGGAAGUUCUCCAUGAAAACUUACACAUCUUUUUGCGACCUGAGGGUUCGCCAGGGAUGCUCUCGCACGAGGCGAGUAUCGGCGCUUUCAUGUCCAAUCUUCUCAAUAUCGGCAAAAAGUCACGAUCGCUGGUCCCCAACAUACACUUCUACAACAGCCAGUACACAGAUGUGGAUCGCGUUUCCCAUCAAAGCCGGGGUUUCUGGAACGAAUUGGAGGAGGCAAGCAAUGUCCCGCCGGAUGUAUCGGGAUUCAAAUUCUACUGGCCUGUCACGCUGAAGCUAUAUGGGCCGGAAGAGGAGGUCGCCUGUCCCAACUGUCUGGAGACUGUGUAA